UCUGUAUUAACUAAAUAUUAACUUACUUUUGAAUAAGAAUUAGAGAAUAAAUGACUACAAGCCGAUCUAUUCCAAAUUUUAUUUUAAGUUUUGCUUGCGUUUUUCGACUGAAUAUUUCUUUGUCUGUUAAGCGUAAACUGGCAACCCUUUUUCUUUGA